GUUCAUAUUUAUGUGGAUGCUGUAAUUAAUCAUAUGUGUGGAAAUGGUGUGACUGCAGGAACCAGCAGUACUUGUGGAAGUUACUUCAACCCUGGAAAGAGGGAUUUUCCAGCAGUUCCAUUUUCUGGUUGGGAUUUUAAUGAUGGUAAAUGUAGAACUGGAAGUGGAGACAUUGAGAAUUACAAUGAUCCUUAUCAGGUCAGAGAUUGUCGUCUGUCUGGUCUUCUUGAUCUUGCCCUGGAGAAAGAUUAUGUGCGGUCCAAGAUUGCUGAGUAUCUGAACCAUCUCAUUGACCUUGGCGUAGCAGGGUUCAGAAUUGAUGCUUCUAAGCACAUGUGGCCUGGAGACAUGAAGGCAGUUUUGGAUAAACUGCAUAAUCUAAACACAACGUGGUUCCCUGAAGGAAGUAAACCUUUCAUUUACCAGGAGGUACAUUUAUGCAAAAUUGAUUCACCUCCCUAUGCAACAAUUGUUUCAUGUGAACUGUACAAAAUGGGAGUUGGAUUUAUGCUCGCUCAUCCGUAUGGAUUUACACGCAUAAUGUCAAGCUUUCGUUGGCCGAGAUAUUUUGUGAAUGGAAAAGAUAUCAAUGAUUGGGUUGGGCCACCAAAUAAUAAUGGAGUAACAAAAGAAGUUACUAUUAAUGAGGACACUACUUGUGGCAAUGACUGGGUCUGUGAACAUCGAUGGCGUCAAAUAAGGAACAUGGUUAUGUUCCGUAAUGUAGUUGAUGGCCAACCUUUUGCAAAUUGGUGGGAUAAUGGCAGCAACCAAGUAGCGUUUGGGAGAGGAAACAGAGGAUUCAUUGUCUUUAACAAUGAUGACUGGCCAUUAUCUUUAACUUUGCAAACUGGUCUUCCUGCUGGCACAUACUGUGAUGUUAUUUCUGGAGAUAAAAUUGGUGACACUUGCACAGGAAUUAAAAUCUAUGUUUCUGGCGAUGGCAAUGCUCAUUUCUCUGUUAGUAACUCUGCUGAAGAUCCAUUUAUUGCAAUUCAUGCUGAAUCUAAACUAUAAAAUUUGAAUUAAAUACAUAUGUACCC